AUGACCUUGGUGGUACUAUCCGAGCUACAUGGGCACGAGGUCGAGAUCCACGAUACUUCUGGCCAGAAAAAUAGCUUCCUCUCGAGCUGGGCAGCAGCUGGUUCGGCUCCCAUCACAGGAAUCACUGAUUUCGCGAAGGAUCUUUUAUAUUCAAUCAAGUUUGCCAAGGGUGAAGAUCUAGAAGAACUUGAGCUGGGCCAGAGACCCAUCAUCUUCAUUGUCCAUUCCAUGGGCGGGCUCGUCGUCAAACGGGCGAAUAUUAUGGACCAAAACGAUGAUCAGUAUCCCGGCAUUGUCUCCUCAAUCAGUGCAAUACUGUGUUUGGCGACACCUCAUCACGGAUUCAAUCUAGCGGACAUACUCAACAAAAUUCCGAUCGCAAAUUUAAUGAUCUGA